UUUCGUGAUGUGACGUCGCGAAGGAAAUAUGGCGCUUUGGAGGGGAUGAGUUUCAUGAUAGUCAGGUUUGAUUUGAACAUGCUACUUGUUUGAAUAACGUCAAAAGCGGGCUUUAAGCAAAUAUGUUAAGCCGGAAGUGGUGGUCGCCCCUUUUGUCAGAAUGGACAACGGGACGGUGCUUUUCGUAGCCGUGUUUGUUGUCGUUAGCUAGCUAAUACUGUUACCAUUGACAUGCUAGCUGAAGCUAGCAGGCUAAUUGGACGGCUAAACAGACACUCCAACCGUCUAGCUUCUUGUUAGCUAAGCCAGGAGGAUGAAGACCCGUCCUGGAUGUGUUUUGUUGCUGGGCAAUGCCAUUUUUCUGUCGGCAUGCUGGCUGACUCAAGGGGCUCCUGUUCAGUUUCACCACAGAGCAGACAGAGGCUCAGGCGACCCAUUGUACGUGUCCCUCUACCUGUCUCUGACGGUGUCCCUGACAGCACUGGUGGUCCUGGUGGUACUGUUGGUAAACUGUGUGACCUGCUGCAAGGAGAGGGAGAUCAAUUUCAAGGAGUUCGAAGAUCACUUUGACGAUGAAAUUGACUUCACCCCGCCAGCGGAGGACACGCCGUCUAUGCAGUCCCCGGCUGAGGUGUACACCCUCGCCGUCUCCCCCGUGGCCUUGCCUGGACCCCCGCACCUCCAACCUAAUGCGCCCAUCACAGGGGGAUCCACAGGCUUCCAGGUAGCCCGCCAUAGUCUCAGUUACAUCCAAGAGAUUGGCAAUGGGUGGUUUGGCCAGGUGAUUCUGAGUGAAAUCUACACAGAUCCAGGUGGCACCAGAUUGGUAGUAAAGGAGCUAAAAGCUAAUGCAAAUUCCAAGGAGCAGAAUGACUUCCUGCAACAGGCAGAUCCUUAUAGAGUAUUGCAACACCCAAACAUCCUCCAGUGCCUUGGACAGUGUGUUGAAGCGAUUCCAUUUCUGCUUGUAUUUGAGUACUGUGAAAUGGGGGAUUUGCGAGGCUAUCUGUCUCAGCAGGACGGUACGUUUAGAAGUUCUGAGAUGCUCCAGCUGCAACGGAUGGCCUGCGAAAUCGCAGCUGGUCUGACUCAUCUUCACAAAUACAACUUCUUGCACAGUGAUUUAUCUCUGAGGAACUGCUACCUGACGGCCGACCUCACAGUCAAAGUGGGAGACUAUGGAAUCGGGCCUUAUGCAUAUAAAGAGGAUUACAUCAUCACAGAGGACGAUGUAUUCGCGCCCCUUCGCUGGUUGGCUCCUGAACUUGUGGGUGAGCGCCAUGGGGGUGUAGUCAUGAUGGAGCAUACGAAGGCCAGCAAUGUUUGGGCCUUGGGGGUCACUUUGUGGGAGCUUUUUGAGAAUACUGGUCAGCCAUAUCCACACCUGUCUGACCGGGAGGUUCUCAAUCAUGUGAUCAAGGAGCAGCAAGUCAAACUCUUCAAGCCACAGCUGGAGCUUCCUUAUUCAGACAGAUGGUAUGAGGUCCUGCAGUUCUGCUGGCUCUCUCCAGAUAAGCGGGCCACAGCAGAGGAAGUACACCGCUUACUCAUCUACCUGCGCAUGCAAGGCCAAAGGGACAUAGAAGAUGACUUUGAUCAACGCUGGGACGCUCUCAAGCCGAGUGUUUCCAUGCGACAGACCACGGUCAACCACUCCUCCUUCCCCAUCCUGGAGCAGUUUGGCGACGACGCCUUGCAGCAAGAUAUCGACGAGGUGCUAACUGUCACCGAGACUAGCAAAGGACUCAGUUUUGAGUACGUUUGGGAGGAGGCCAAACACGACCAUUAUGACAGCAGCCACUCUCAUUCAGGUGUGGACAUGACGGUCAACUACCACAGCAUGUUUUUUCCCGUUUCCACUGAAGACAUCCAGGCCCACUUCCCGGAUCCUGUGGCCAGAUCAGCAGCUGCAGGUAGUGGGAACACUCCUUCUGGGAUACCUGGGAUUGUACCAGUGUUUGAUGCCCAGAAGCCAUCUAAUGGCAACGCCUAUUACAUACAAUUAGAAGAACAAGCAGGAGAUAACACUCAAAACACAGACUUCACUUCAAGCCAACAAGACUUUGUUGUCCUUCAAGAUGUUCGUCUGGAUGAAUCUAGCACCGAGGCGGACUUUUUUCACCACAGUAUCGACUCUAAGGAUUCCUAUUUGCCAGACAGUCACAUCUGGUCCUCUCUUGAAAAUGACAGUCCAUACCACACCAAUAUUUUCACUGAGGGCGAGUCCAAGCAGGAGGACUCUCUUUCUUGGAGACAGGACUUUGUGGAUCUUCCAGAGUGCAAUGGCAACCCUUUCUGUAGUAGUGCUCCUCUGGAAGUACAGCAUGUAAAUGCACAGGAUUUUUUAGAAAGUUGUUCAGAAGCCACUUACCGGACUCUGGAGGAGGACUCAGUGGAGAGUGAAUGCACUGAUGGGAAGAGGCUUCUGAGCACUGAAAAACUGGCAGAGAAUUUUAUGUUUCUUAAAGAGCAUAAUCUGAUGAAAGAAGGUACAAGGUUUCCAAAUUUUUUAUCACCUGGUGUAAUCCACGAACCGGAGGACGCCUUCAAAAUGGACUCUUGGGACAACCCUGACACUUAUGGCAGCUUAAACACAGUAGAUACCAACUUAAAACCUGCAUGGAGUAGCACAUCCCCAAGAAAAGGAUUUUUAGACUCAUCAAGUACCAACUUUGGGGCACACAAUCCUUUUCGGGUAGAAAAGGAAACACUGGUGCCUUCUAUUACUAUUAUAUCAGAAGAUGACACAAGCAACCAGCUGCCAGCUAGUAACAGAUCUUCCACAGAGGACCUCGCUCUGCUCCAACCCUCAGACAGAGACAUGGGCUCUGAUUUGGAUUUGGAUGUGGAUUCUACCUCAGAGAGGUUUGAUCUUCUUGUUAGUCAGCCUGAUGAUCACAUUCCCAUGUUCUCUGAAAGUGCCACUCCAGACCUUUUGUGCACAGAUGCCAAACUUUCCAGCCUUGAUCGUGACUUUGCAACCUCAAACAGCAGCGCUCAACAACUCAUACCUGAGAAGUCGCUUGUCCAAGCAUCUGUUUCAGACAGCGGGCAUGUUGACGAGCUAACGAGCAAUGAUCUGUUGAGUGAACUCAUUGAGGAUGCCGACAUGGAAAUGGAAGCAACACUGUCUGACCACGAAGAAUCCUUAACGGACGCUCAUGGACAACCGUCUCUGUUAGUCUCUGGACCGUCUUUGGACCAGAUUAGCCAAGACAGCUUACUAGAGGACAGCAUGUCCACCACUCUGCCAACUGUGGACCACUCAGCUGAGACACCAGACUCUUUAGACUCCCUCGACAUUCACAGGCUCGGAGAUCAGCACAAACUCCAACCUCCGUAUAAAAUAUCUGACAGUGGCUAUGAGACGGAGAACCUGGAGUCUCCUGAGUGGAACUCUCAGCCGAAUGAGGAUAAAAACCUGUCCCCUGUAAAAGAUGUCCCAAGUGUAGUCCGGAAGGAAAAAGAAACCGAAGAGCCUACUGCUGUGACAAAUCUGGUUCCGCCAGAGAUAGUCAUCUCCGAAGCCGAGGGCACUCUUGAGUCUCCCAGUGAGGAUCUCAACGAUGUUGUUCUUGCUGAUGAACCGCUCAUGAGCACAAACUACAGAGACUCUGCCUACUUCUCGGACAACGAAUCAGAGCCGGAGAAGAAAUGUGAGGAAACGAAAGUAGAAGAUUUAGCUGAAGUCACAUCGCUGAGGAACUCCACCAAUGAUGUCGGUGCUGCUGCUCCUGGUCCUCAACAGGGAAGACCGGCAGAGACCAGUUUGGAUUCUCUACUACCACUGCAAGAAUUUUCUGCUACUCCUCAGGGUAAUGUCAGAGAAGAUCCAACUCCAGAGGGACAUUCAAAUAUCAAACGAUCCCUCAGCUGGCCCAGUCCCAGUGGAGAUAAACCAGACUCUUUUCGUGAUCCAGACCAUACCAUACCCUCCAGACCACUCCCAUCUACUGAGGGUGGCAUUCAUGCCAAGCUAACCAGGACCUAUGCCGGCGAGGGCCACAAAAUAAAGGAGCCUGAUGUGGAAGGUCGUUACUUGGGCAGGCGGGACGGCUUGGGUCCGGACGGCCUUGAGGAUGGAGCAGAUGCGGAUGAGGAGAACGAAAACAGCGACGACUCUGACGAAGACGUCCACGCCUACCAGCUGCACAGCUCCAGCUCGGACAGCGAGGAUGAUGGCGUGCACACAGUACCGCUCAUUAUCUCAGAUGAUAGCGAUUCAAAGAACCUGAGGAGCUUGUUGAAACCAUCUACCCUCAACAUCGAGGCUUCAUCCCCAAUGUCUAAUGCCGAUGCCACCAGAAGAGCUGUGUCCUUCUUCGAUGACGUCACCGUCUACCUGUUUGACCAGGAGACCCCCACCAAGGAACUGGGUGACCACUCAUCAAGUUCUAACAACCACACACCAGAGUUCAGCAGACCCGUGCCAAGUUCUAGCUACCUGAACCGCUUUACUAACUCUGAAAGCUCCACAGAUGAAGAAGGUGGUGGCUUUGAGUGGGACGAUGACUUCCCCUCCGCGCCCGCCUUCCCCUCCAAGACGCACAAAGACAUCCCAUCCAAGAGCAUCUCUACUCCACCCCUCAUGGCAGCGUCCAGCUGGAGCGGCUCGUCCAACUACUCUCGCUUUUCCAUCUCGCCGGCCAGCAUCGCAAGCUUCUCCCUGACGCACCUCACCGACUCGGACAUGGAGCAAGGAGGAAGCAGUGAAGAUGGAGAAAAGGACUAAGUGGCAGGACAAAACGGUCAUGACACUCUCCAACUUCAACACUUGCACUUUGGGGAUUAGAGCCAGAUGGGAAAAGGACAAAAGACAUGUCGUCCCCAGGCGGGCGGCCUAUUCCUGAGCCUCGUCACCACCUCCUCUCUCUACGUGUGUGCAAUUCCACAACGCAGGCCUCGCAUUGAAAUGUUGGGCUCUAAGACCUCAUCAAGCGCAUUCCUACUGGCUGCUUUGUUCCUCUACUUCACUGUCACCAAAAAAAAAACAACAAAAAAAAGACAAAACAAGGAUUAUUUUUGGAAAAGUACACUACAAAUAGGAAUAAGCUCUUUGAAUUGAAAAUGGAAGCAUUUGUCAUUGGUUCGUCUGUGAUUUUUAUUUUAUUUUUUUUUUUUUACAGUUGCCUUUUUUUUUGUGUUAGUCAUUUUCAAUAAUCCUAACUGGUUGAUGGUUGUGUUGAUUUCUCUCCUCAUUGGAGAAGAACUCGUUUGUGUAGCAUCUUCCAACAAGAGGGCUGACGACUUGCCAACAAUGACUGAAUGGCUGGGUUCUCGCCGUUGCAGGGGUCUCACCCCCCCCCACAGUAUGUUGCAAAUGAUAGCAUACAUGACAUACUCGAUAUGUACUUUCAUGGUUUGCUUUGAGACGUCUCAAUAAGGACAGUGGACAACUUUAAAGGACAAAAUACUUUUGUAGUUCUUCCUUUGUCGAGCUGAUGUGGGGGGGGGGAGAGAAAAAAAAACAGGUGAAAGUAUCCCUUUUUAAUGUCACGUCACCGCCAAACCUGACUUUUAUUUUUGAAACGUCCAAAUGACGUGUUUGUAUAAAAAUGAAAAACGUGCAAUGAAUUUGUAUUCAUGUACAAAUUGAUAGGAUGACCGAGUGAGCAGCUGCUCACUAAACGUGCAUACAGCAGCUGGCAACACAUCAUUUACUCACCCAAACUAGAAAAGAAACACUGCGCCAUUAAUCAUUUUGACAUGAACAGAAAGCUUCUUUUUAGCCUUCAUUUGUUUUCAUUUGAUUUGGCGUUGUCGCUGCUUUGCUUUUCUGCUUGUUUUUAUGACAUUUUUGAUUCCCCAUUACAAUAUUUUAAAUUUUGCUUUAAAUUUAAUUGAAGUUUAUUUGUUUUUUUGACUUUUUGUUUUUUUUUCUUUUAUUUUGAAUGAAGUAUAUUUCUUUUGUUUUGUUUUAUGUUUAGUUAUUCGAUUUUAAUUGAAUUAGUUUAAUAUUUCUUCAGUGACAUUUGUAAUUUAAUGGAAUUUUCGAUACCCAAAGAACCUCAGAGGGGAUUUGUACCACUUCUACCCACUCAGUUCAUUUAGAAGGCUGUCAAUCAUCUCAGUGAGUGUGUGUGUGUGUGUGUGUGUGCGCCUGUCCAAUCUAAUGAUGCAGUAAAAACUGGGUAAUACGGUUCUAACUGUACUCUCACGACUUGAUCUUGUUCAAGAUUUUGACCUAUCAAGACGACGACGGUGUCCUCAUAGUUGAAAAGAUUAUUUAAGAACUUCUCCUGGACUACACAUUUGCUUAGUCUUGCACAUUUGACAAAUGUAACUUAAAAGUAUACUGAUGUGUGUAAAUAUUUUCUUUGUUUUUCUGUAAAUGGAGGCUAUGACCCGAGUCUGAGUAGGUAGGGACUUUCAAUUUUUUUUUUCUGUGAGUGCAAGCCGAGACGAUCACGGGAACAUAUCAUCUAGUGGCAAUUAAAAAAACAAAUCAUGGAUUAACGCUGUCCCUGUCGAUUUGGGGUGGGAAAGUGGUGAUAUUUUUACUUGUUUCACAUGAAUCAUGCAUUAGUGUCAUUGAAUGAAAUGUUUAAUUACACUGUUUAAUAUGAAAAUAAAUGCAAAUGAAUUUGCCCUUUAAUAAGAA